AUGGCAAAUCCACCCCGCACUCCCUCGACACUGAAAGCCUACGUAGCAGCCCUCCGCUUAUUUUACAAAUUUGUAAUAGCCAGACAGCAUACAAUCACCAAUGAACUUCACAUCACCAUCAACACAGAGUUGCUCGAUGAGCUGAAGAGCUGUGACACCUUGCUCAAUGGCUGGCGGGCAAGUCUAUCCACAGGCAUACAGCCAAGGAAGAAGGUACAGCGCAAGCAAGAUUUCGAUGAGCGCCUUACUUUGGAAGAGUACAGAGAAAUUGCAAAUAACAAAGACAGCAAACAAGCAGCGAGAAAUCUCUUGCGCCUGGAGAACUCUCUGAUAACAGGAGUAACCUGCGAUGAGUUUGCCCGGUAUUGGGAUUGUAUCAUAGUACGCCUGCUCUGCCGUUCGGCACAACGCUCUGAUUUUAUUCUCUACCACAUUGUUAAACGAUUUACCAGAAAGCUGAAACAACAACGUGCUGUUGAUACGUCACCACGGUAUUACGCUUAAACACUUAUGAUUCACAAAAAUAAUAAGCCUUUUUGGUAAUUGAGUUAAUAAUUUCAUUUGCAGGUUCUAUUUCCAGAGGCUGUGAUAAGGAUCUACAUGAAUUACAUGCUGAUCACAUAUGAAGAGGUGAAAGAAGCACUCUUUGAGAACAUCAUCACAGCAGAGGUAUUUGAAAAAUAAGUACACAAGUUAGUUAAGAUUGAUUUAUUUGAUGUAAUUAAUUUUUUCCAUGUUGUAGACUGAAAUAACGUUCGUCGACGAUGCCGAUGUUGAACAACUUCUCAUAGAUGGAGAUGUUGUUAAUGAAGAAGACAUAAGUAGAGUAAAAUAGGCAGUUAGCACAAGUGUUGCACUUAUAUUUGAUUGUUUAUUUUUGCACUUUUCAGACGAGGAAGAAGACAGAGUGCAGUCCAAGAGAAGAGAAGGUAAUUUUUUUAUAAGAAAAUAAUAUAUAAUCUAAUAUACCUUUCCCCACACAACGAUUUAGCUUUGUUUAUUUUUGCAGUCUUUGGAAGACGAGGAGGCCAUGAAGAUCGAGGACGAAGUACCCAGCGACAUUGAUGAAUAUCAACACAAGGAACCACGAGAAGAGGAAGUAGUUUUUUAAUACGAAUACUGAAAAUAAAUCAAUAAUUUAGAGUAUCUUUCCUCACAAUACAGUAAGCAUAGCCAUAUCUAAAACAUUUUGCUAAUGUAUAUAUUUUUCAGGACAUCAAAGAUGACUACGACAACAACAGUGAUCAAUCGAAUCGCCUGAUUGUUGAAAAAUUGAAGGUUUGUCUUUUGUCACUAACUCAGUUCACCAUUAACUUUAAAAAAAUAGUAAUUUUAACCCUAACAUUCUUUUUUACAGAACAAAAGACGCUUAAAACCCUGCCCUUUUUGUGGAAAAGAGUACAAAGUUUUGACAAAACAUUUGGUUAACAAGGACAAACUUACCAACAAGAGGCGAAGAAGAAUCUGCCCACCGUCGCCCUGUCCAGAAAAAUGUAACCCAAGCCCGCACCCCUAUGUGUUGCCCAAUCAAGGAUUGCCACUCAAAAGUGUGCAGAAUAGAUGUGCACUUGAAGAGUGUGCAUGGAUUAAAGAAGGGGCAGGAGGAGUAUGA